UCACAGAUGGAGGCUGCACACCUGAUAUUGCAGAACGGCACAGUUGUCACUGAAUUUAUACUUCUGGGACUCUCCAGCAACCCUGAGGUCCAGCUCAUUCUCUUUGGCCUCUUUCUGCUCAUCUACUUGGUGGCCCUGACUGGGAAUGUUCUUAUCCUUCUCACCAUCAGCUUGGACAGCAAACUUCAUAGCCCCAUGUACUUCUUCCUGGGCAAUCUCUCUGUAGUAGACAUUGGGUAUACAUCUUCCACUGUCCCCAAGAUGCUGAUGAAUUACGUUUCUCAGGACAAAACUAUCUCUCGAUCUGUUUGCAUCUCCCAAACAUUUUUCUUCAUCUCCUUUGGUAGUAUUGAAUGCCUCCUGCUUGGUGUCAUGGCAUAUGACCGAUAUGCUGCCAUUUGCCAUCCACUGCAUUACAAUGUGUUAAUGAACCGCAGAGUCUGUGCCUCUUUGGCAGUUGUUUCUUGGAUUCUGGGCAUGGCUAAUUCAGGGGUACACGCUAGCUUGAUAUCCCUUUUGUCAUUCUGUCGGGACAAUGUCAUCCAUCACUUUUUCUGUGACAUCUCACCCCUUCUGAAGCUUUCCUGCUCCAACACUCAAGUCAAUAAAAUUGUUGUCUUUGUGCAGGGUGGAAUUGUAAUUGUUGGUUCCUUCAUAUGUACACUAGUGUCUUACAUCUAUAUAGUUGCAUCUAUCCUCAGGAUCCGUACAAAGGAUGGGCGUCUCAAAGCCUUCUCCACCUGUGCUUCUCACCUGACUGUGGUCAAUGUAUUUUAUAGCACUGCAAUGUUAACAUACGUUCUCCCCAGCUCUACUUAUUCUGAGGUAAAGGACCAGAUUUUGUCUGUUCUGUAUGGAAUCGUUGCACCUAUGCUUAAUCCUAUUGUAUACAGCUUGAGGAAUAAGGAUGUAAAAAAUGCCCUUCGGAAAGUGUUUCCCUCCUACCACUAAUCCCUUCUUGGCUUCCUUGCCUUGCUGGCAGGGUGGGGUUGAAUGCGAGCCAUCCCCAGCUGAGGUCUCCUUGGCCUUGCUCAUGAGGAGCUGCCC